AUGUCGUUUUUGAGUGUGAGUAACAAAUACUCAAGGCAACUGGAGGUGAUGAGACAUCUUGUGGGCUGGCUGUCGUUAGCUGUCUGCAUGUAUGGACUGGAUGCAGAAUUGAUCUCUCAUUUACAUCCCCCCAAACAAGAAAUUUCUAUUGCUAACUGUGUCUUUCCAUUCGUCUAUGGUGAUGAAGUCCACUACAAUUGUAUCUCCACCCACAGUGACUUUGACUGGUGUUCCCUUGACUUUUACUUUCAAGGAAGGUGGAGAUACUGCACAGCACUGGAUCCUCCAAUGUGUAUCUUCCCUUUCCAAUUUAGAAAAAAGUUUUUUAACGAAUGCACCAAGGAAGGCUACAUUUUGAAUCGGAGUUGGUGUUCACUGACUGACAACUACAACAAAGAUAGAAAAUGGAAGCAAUGCUCUCCUUACAAGUAA